AUGAACAAUCUUGCUGCAAGGUCUACAGAAACCCAAAGAAGUAUCGUUCGAAGAUACGGGAUAUUCGCCGCGAUUGCCGUGUCGUUAUUCCUUAUUGGUAAAAAACAUAUAGCCUAUGAAAAAGAACAGCGUCAUAAAUUGGAAAAUGAUGCCGAUUUAAACAAUUCCGAUAAUGAGUUUGCUAUAAGUGUGAAAAGACCUGGUUUUCCUGAAAAUAAUCCAAAUUUAAACUACGACGAUAUUAAUAGGCAGAGUAGAUAUAUUGGUACCGGAAACGCUUAUAGUUCGAGAAGACCAGGAGAUCGGUUGAGUCUAUAUAGUGUUCUUAAAAUGAAAUGGUUUCCGGAAGAUAAGGAGAAGGAGGCUCAAUAUUACACACCCUCACAAGAGGAUAAAGUUGUAAAGUAA